UACCGUAUAGCGUUUGCCACUUGGCGUCUCUUUUAGGACAGCGUUUAUGUACUAGCGUCGGCAAUUAAGGAGAUGAUGUCCAAUGAAACGAUUACAGAGGCGCCAAAGGAUUGCGGUGAUUCGGGCGUUAAUUGGGAGUCCGGCAAGCGCUUAUUUCAGUAUCUGAAAACGCGGAACAUAACUGGCGAAACGGGACAAGUGGCCUUUGAUGACAAUGGUGAUCGUAUUUAUGCCGGCUAUGAUGUGAUUAAUAUACGCGAAAAGCAGAAGAAGCAUGUUGUGGGCAAAUUUUAUUAUGAUACUGAGAAAGCUAAAAUGCGUUUACGCAUCAAUGAUAGUGAAAUUUUGUGGCCGGGCAAGCAGAAAAAGAAACCCGAGGGUAUAAUGAUACCCACACAUCUGAAAAUUUUAACCAUCGAAGAGAAACCGUUUGUCUAUACGCGCCGUUUGACGGAGGAUGAAGUGAAUUGCGAUGAAGAUGAGAUACCAUGUCCACUUUUCAAUGCAACCGACGGCAGUGGUUUGUAUAUAUAAAUAAUUACUUUUCAUUUGAUUUUUGCACAAAAGAACUUUCUGAAGAGGCAGUCAAUCGAUCAUCGAUGUAUAGGUAGAGAGCUUCGAGCUGAGACAGUAUGCUACAAGGCGGUGCUCCUCGCCUUAAAAUCACACAAUAUCACUUUCAAGAAGCUGAUGUGGGAUUGCCUUCAGCUCUUAACACGCAUCGCGUGCAGAAACCGGGUUUACCUAAUUUGGGUGGACCCAUGGGCAAUUGACCGAUAUUCUCGCCAGUAUAGCAGCUACACAGAGAUCCAUUGGCUCAGGACCCUUGGUAGGUGUGACAUGAAGCUCCGUUAGGCGAAAUUACUAUGUACAUUAGGGUGCCUCACCAAAAAGGUCGUGAGUUUCC